AUGAAACCUUCAAUUUUUGGAACAAUUUUAAUACUUUACGUAGCAUUCGUGUUCGUUAUUAAUGCAUCAAAAUUAAAAAAAAGGGGAGACGACCCGUGUCAAAUCAAGAUAAUCUCACCUGACUAUGGGACUAUUGUUCAUCAUGGAAGUACACAAAGGGCUAUUUGGAAAGUUUAUCCUUGUAGUCUUAGUUCUUUAACUGUUGAUACAGUGGUAAGAGUGAUUAUUGUCGCUGGAUCCAAUAGUACGGACACAUGGAUAAAAGUAUUUGACGAAACAACAAAAUUUGGUGCUGGAGGAAUGGAUUUUACUGUUG